AUGAUUUGCAUUGAAUGUGGUAGACCGGUAAACGAUGUCUACAAAGAGUUUGGUAAAUCGGGUAGUGGAAAUAUUAGAUUAACAAGAUGUUCUCAUUGUCAUCAAAUAGCAGAUAAAUAUGUAGAGUUUGAUUUCAUUAUUGUAUUUCUAGACUUAUUCCUUCAUAAACCUCAAGCAUAUAGACACCUUUUAUUUAAUAGACAAUUAUAUAGAGAUUUUGGAAUAUCUAUACAAUAUGUAAAGGUUUUAAUAGUAUAUAUAUUUUUCGAGUCAUAUAUUAAAUGGUUAAGAUUAAAAGAAGAUUGCGAAUAUACACAACCAAAGAGUGCAUUUUAUUAUUAUGAUUGGCAAGAUGACGUACCCUAUGAUAGAUACUGGUUUAUAUUUUUGACGGCGAUUGCAGAGUUUGCGUUAUAUGCUCUGUCGAUUGUACUAGCAGUCAAACUUAUAUACUCUUCUCGAUACGCAAUCAUCAAAUACAACUAUCUAUUAAUGGCAAUCAUUCUAUCAAGUUUUGGAAAAGGUUUCCUUAUUUUAAUGAUGAUUUGGGAUUAUCCAUUUAGUUUUGGAACCAUCCUAAAUGUUUUUGUUUUAACUUCAAAUGUUGUUGCAAUUAAAGAGAGUCAUGGAGAAUUAGAAAAAUACUCUAUAGAGUUUAAUCGUUAUGAUGAUUGGUUCAAGGCAAAGGAUAUCUUGACACAUAACCAUUAUAGUCUGCUAGUUGACAAGAUUAGUCGUGGUUGUCCACUCUACUUUUCAGCUGAGGCAAUCGAUUUGGUGUGCGAGAAGAUGUCUGAUUAUGACCAGUUUCGAGUGGUCUAUGACAAGUACCAACACCGAUUCUACAAGGAUGAUCUUAUCAGAUUGGCGUGUCAAGCUGGAAACCUAGAGAUUAUCAAGUUGUUGGUGGCACAACAAAACCCAACCAAACUCAACCUAGACGACAAAUGUUAUGUGGGUGCUGCCAAAGGCAAACAUUUGCAUGUAAUGGAUUAUCUAUUAAAGGAAAAGUGUGUUUCACCACGUGACAAGGAUGGUACUAUCGUCGAGCAGAUCCUAUUGUCUAGUUUGUCACAUCUAAACGAUGCAUCGGUGUUUAACUGGUUUGUCACUCACUUUGGAGCGGCUACAGUGUCACGGUCAAUGAAUGGAAAACACUGGUUACACUUUUUGUAUCGGUUGGGAUGUAUGCAAGUGUUUAAAGAGUUUAGCGGUGUCUUGGCAACCACCUUUUGCGAGACAACAGAGUUUGGACAUGAAAAGAUUAUAAAAGAGAUUGCUAGACACUCGUUGGACAAGAGGGUAGAGUUGGCAUGUCACUUUGCAAAAAUCCAACAAGAAGAGGUUGCUGUGAUCAGAAUGUCACUUGCACAAUUCCAUCCCAACUUGUCGUCGUCGCCAUUAUUAUUGGAAGAGUUGGUGUAUCAUCAUUUAAUCACGAUAUACUCUAAAACAUUCUUUCUAAAUAAUUUGGUAGAGUUGGAGAUACGCACACUUGGUCCGGAUCGAUGCAGUCUUGAUUAUUUGGCCAAACUUAUUUAUACCAAGUAUCCCGAUGUCUCUGUCCCCAUCAACAACAAUAAUAAUAAUAAUAAUAAUAAUAAUAAUGGUGACACACUACCACAUCCACCACCGUUGGCACCACCAAUAUCCCCUCAAGCUGGAUCGAUACAACUGAGAUCAUUCUUGGGUGCACUAUUUAAACAUUGUACCAAAGACCAAAUCAUCACAAUUUUAAAAAAGAUUAAUCAACUAGACAUUGAACAACGUACAAGUUUUUCUCUACCUGACCCUACUACUACCUUUGAUGAUAUAUGUCAAUUUAAUAGAGAAGAGAUACAAUGGUUAUUUGGGUUGGCAAGCAAGAGAGAUGCGAGUAAUGGGACGUUGGAGAUUAUAGACUGGUUGUACAAGAUGGCGACUACCAAGGCUGUUCGUCUGAUCGAUCGGAUUAAAGGAAAGGUAGUGUCAUUUGAGGUGCUCAAGAUGCUAUGCAACCUCGAGUGGAGUGCAUGGUACUAUAUCAUUGACCACCAACACUUCCAAGUUACUCGAGAGGCAUUUGACUUUUUAUUUGACAGUCACCAGACCAACAAAGCACUAGCCUACGGCAACACCAGCGAUGCAAGAGUACGUAACUUGGAGAUGGAGUAUCUCUUGUCGGGUGUAUGUGCCAAUGCCGACUUUAAAUCAAUCGAUCGAUACCACGCUGCCUACGGAUCAGACUUGAUGCGAAUUAAUUUGGUAAACAAAGGAUAUCGAGCAAUCGAUUAUAUUAUCACUAAACUUAAUGUUCAAGAGUUAGAGUUGGUUAGUCACAGUCAUUACAGUUUGAUUGGUAAAAAGGGACUUGUCUCUUUAAUUGAUUACCUACCAAACUUUCAUCAAUCCAAUUUAGUCAUGGUUACAGCAGCCACCAAAUACUGUAGACUAGAGUUUCUUAGACAUGUCAACUUUGUCAAAGUAUAUCCAGACAUUCAAUCGAUUACGUGUGUAGAAGUGCUCCACCACAUCAUCAAGCAUUGUCCUCAUAUUUCCUUUACCGUCAUUGUACAUGCCCUUGUGUUUGCCAACCGUGUAGACACCCUCCUCUACAUUGUCCAGAAUCCAGAGUUGUUCCCGUGCGCUCCAAACGAUCUAUUCCUCUCUCUAGACUCUUUUAGAGCACUCAAUCAAGAGUCACUCAGCGAUGACAUUAGAUUCUUUCUCAAAGAAUACUUUUCCAAACAUACCAAAACACUUCUUGCCAACUCUAAAAAGAAAGCAAGCUAUCAAUCAAAUUGUAAUAUAAUAUCUGAAUUUACAAUGAAAUGUGAUUGUUGA